AAUUUUCCAAUACCCUCAUUCAGAAGUCUCAGAAUGACUGGCCUAUAUUAUGUUCUCCUGCUAAUUUUCUGUUUUGCGAGUGCUAUGGGAAAGAUUAGGGCUCAAAAUCAAACUGAAACCCACUGCUCGGACUGUCACAUUAAUGCAAUAUGUGAAGAUAUGAAUUCAGUUCAUAAGUGCAUUUGCAAAAGAGGAUUUGCUGGAGAUGGACUUAGUUGUGUUGAUGUGGAUGAAUGUGCCCACACAUCAUCCAAUACUUGUGGCUCUGCUAUGUGUGUUAACACAUUUGGGUCCUACACUUGCAAGUGUCCAGCUGGGUAUAUAGAAAAUCCUUCUGGAAGUGGCUGUGAAGACAUUAAUGAAUGUGAUUCAUACCCAUGCAGUCCACUAUCUUCUUGUGUAAAUAUCCCAGGCAAUUAUUCCUGCAUUUAUGAAUCUGGCUCUCACCAUGAAGUAAACCAAAGAAAGAAGCGUGCAACUGCAAAUUUCGGUCUAGAUUGUGUUGAUGCAUUUGGCUCAAGUGUCUGCAUGGAUCCAUGUUUUAAUUACACAGUACUUAAUGAAUACUGGAGAAGCAUAAAUGUAACCUAUUUACAAAUUGGUUAUGCAAACUGUGACAAUACAAAGAGAGGCUGGUACCGUUUUGUUGGCAGUGGUGGCACGCAAAUGCCCGAAUACUGUAUAUUGGAGUACAGCUGUGGUACUCAUGCGCCUAUGUGGAUAAACGGUUCACAUCCAUCUAUCAGUGAUGGGAUAGUUAACCGUACUUCUUGUGCUCGCUGGUCAGGUAGUUGCUGCUUGUGGUCAACUACUAUAAAGAUCAAGGCAUGCAGCGGUGGAUAUUAUGUUUACAAGCUUGAUGGAACACCAGUAUGUUCCCUAACAUACUGUACAGAUCCCUCUGCUGCAGCAAAUCCUUGUAGUACUUUGGCCUGCGGAGAUGACGAAGAAUGUAAAAAUUUGAAUGGAACCUGGGGUUGUUAUUGCAAAUAUGAUAACAGCUCUAGCCUUAUUUCUGAUAUUGUCAAACUGACUCCUGAGGUGAUGUGCAGCCCAAGUCAAAUGAAGGUUUCUUUUCGGAAGUGCUAUCUGGAGUCAAUGGGCUAUGUCACUGCAAAUGUUACACUAAGAGACAGAACAUGUGCUGGUUUCAGAGACAUAAACAGAAAUAAUAAAAGCACCAUUUCACUGGUCACUGCUGCUCGCACUGGAUACUGCAGCACACAAUUAACAAAAAAUGCAACGCAUGCUGUCUAUGGUAAUGUGGUUUAUUUGCCUUCAAGAUCUACUGUUACAGAUGUGAUUGUCAGAGAUAAAGAUACUUAUGUUAGUUACAGUUGUACCUACCCACUGGAUAUGCAAAUCAGUCUCUCUUCAUCACUUAAUCCAAUCAUAAGCUCAACUAACAUCAGUGUUGGAGGCACUGCAACAUAUACAUUAAAAAUGGCUCUGUACCAGUACCCCAAUUUUACAUUGCCAUAUGAAGGACCCAGCAUUUCAUUAGGUCGAGAUGCCAUGCUGUACGUUGGGCUACUGGUGGACGAUGCAGAGCGAUCGCAGUUUAUAUUGCUGAUGAGGAAUUGCUAUGGAACACCUACUAGAGAUCCAGCCCAUCCAGUCAAGUAUUUCAUUAUUAAAAACAGCUGUCCAAAUAAACAAGAUGCCACUAUAAGUGUAAUAGAAAAUGGGGUUUCUCUUCAGGGGAAAUGGCAGCUUCAAAUAUUUAAGUUUUUUGGUGAUUACCCUCAAGUUUACUUUCACUGUGAAGUAGUUCUUUGUGAUCCAAGUGCAGGAUUAUGUGCACCGAAUUGUAACAACGCUAGAGCUUCUAAAACACAGGACAUAGGAAAUAGUACAAUAAUUUCAUUUGGCCCAGUCCUUACGAAUGAUAAUACUGCAAAGCUUUCAGGUUCUGGAAUCAGAGGUCUGGGUAUAUUACCCUUACUGACAUAUGGAUUGGCAUUGCUGUUGUGCCUCUUACAAACCUAGACGUUAUUGUGAUCAUCGAGUACAAAUACUUCAUAUCAUACAUAGGUUGUUGAUUGUUUUAGAAAUUAUAUACAAGAAUUUACAUUAACAAUGUAGUUUCAUCUUAUUUCAUGCCUUUUUAAAUACUGUAUAUAGGAAUGCUGAUGUCUUUAUUUUACAAAUCUAUGUUAUUAAUUUGAUGAAACUGCAUUUAUACAAUGUCAUUAAAAUAAAUAUUUUUUUCUUCUUGCAAGAAUAAAA